AUCGGUCUGUUUCCAUGGAAUCCCAUUUAGUUUGUUUAGGCUGCAGAAUUAAAAUGUUUAAACUGUGUACAUGCAGUUUAUAGCCACACCGAUAAUUACACAUUUAUAUAGUUUUUAUUAAUGAUAUUCGCAGCGGUAUCCCUCCAGAAUGAACCGCUUCAGUCCCUCCGUUCCCGCUGAAGAAUACCUCGCGGAAAGUAACGUGUUGUUCUACCUGAGCGAUGCUGUGACUCAGCUGCUGGAGCAUAAAGAGGAAUACACUCAGUUCGGGGUGAUCCGCUACUUCGCUGAAUAUUUCAGCAGUGUGAAGAACAGCAACCACGUCCUCUUCAGGGAGUUCAGCUACAUCAGAGCGACUCCUCAUAACAGAGCUUCCUUCCUCAGAGUCUUCUGGAGAUGCUACCGGCAGAUCGGGAAGAGUGGAGAUUUACUGUCCAUGCUGGAGUAUCGGUCUCUGCUGCAGCUGCUGUGUCCAGACUUCCCAGUAGAGAUGGUUCAGAGUGCAGCCCGAAUUGUUCUGAUGGACGACGCCAUCGACUGUCUGAUGUCUUUCUCUGACUUUCUUUAUGCCUUCCAGCUGCAGUUCUACUACCAAGAGUUCCUGGACAGCGUUCUGGUGAUCUACCAGGAUCUGUUAGCGGGUAAAAGUCCGAACACCGUCAUCGUCCCGACGUCCACCUCCAUCGAGCAGCUUCCAUCGGUGGCUGCCGAGGAGAACGACAAGGAGGAGCAGCAGCAGGACGGAGUGGAGCCGAGCGUGUUCUCCCAGUGCAUAGACGACCUGUGUGACCGCUUUAAACACAGCUUCCCCUCCAGGUCGAGUAUGAGGGAAAUCCUGGAGCAAACUGAAAAAGUCUCUUAUUACAGCUUCCUCAUGAGUCUGGCUAAAGACGAGAGCAUCAACCAAACUAUCGGAGCUUUACCCAGUAAAGCAGAGCUGCUCAUCGACCCAGAGAUGGACCAAGAACUGGACAAACUAAUCGCUCAGAUCUCGGUGAGUCCCGGCAGCAACAGCAGUGGCAGCGCUGUCGGAGCCCUGAAGGAGGUUCAGAGGAAAGCUUCCCCCAGGAGGAACUUCCACCACCGCAGGAGGAUGGAGGUGGAGAGCGACGGAUCCACCGAAGAGACCGACUCCUCCGAGAACUGACUUCCUGUCGCUCGUCUUCCAUUCCAGGCCAUAAAUUCAGUUAAAUGUGCCACUAAACAGCAGGUCUGAAGCUUCAUAUCAUCAGUAUUUACAGUUUUACAUCAUUCCAACAGCAUUUACUCUAAACACCACACCUUAGCUAACAGUUAAACUAGUGACGUAGCUGUAGUUCCUGUAAAUUAGCUGCUGCUUAUUACACAAACAGUACCGUAUAGUAAUAAUGUACUCAUAUUUAGCAGUAAAUGCUCGAUUUUUCCUAACAAACUGCACUUUAAAUGACCAUCUGAGGGAUUAGAAGCCAAAUUUAAUUCCUAAAUCUCAUCAAAAUGUCAAAUAUUUUUGUCUUUUGAUCACAAAAGACAAAAAUAUCUGCAGUUUGGUAACAAAUGUUCAGAAUAUCUGCUAGAAAACUAAAUUUUAUCACAGCAACUGACAUUAUUGUUAAAAACAGUCGAAAAUGUGAACUUUCUUGCACGUUUUGAUGGUUAAACGCGUCUUAAAUUACAUUCUACUGUGAUAAAACUAACUGUAAAAGCUGCAGAAAUGCUGUUAUUUCAGCAAAUUAAACCUCACUGAUGGGCUUAUCUUCACACUGUUGCUGGACAUCCUCCUGCUGCUUUAAAUCAAAUGUUAUAUUAUAGGACACGACCACUGGAAGCAUUAACUGUAUAUAUAAUGUGCUAAAAUAUUUAUUACUUUGUGCUGAUGAACAGAAGCUUAUAACUGGUUUAAUGUGUAUGAAGACUCACACUGUGAAUAAUAAAGAUGUAACUGUGAUGAAAGACGG